AGCAGAGGAGCUGCGCUGAGCAGCAGAGCAGCAGCACGACCUGCCCGGGCCGUACCGCUCCCAGCCCGCGGACACACCGCCAGCAGCGAAGCCUCUACCGCGGAGCAGCCACCGCCGCGCCGGCCGCCGCGGGCCGGGCCGGGCAUGAGCGCUGAGGGGCCGCGGCCGCCCCCCGCACCUCCCGGCGCGCCCAGGCCGUGACCCGGGCGGGGGCGCGCGGCCACACUCCAGCCCGGGCCCAUGGGCGCGCUGAGCCGGGCGCGGGGCCGCUGAGCGCGGGCAGGCGCGGCCGGAGGAGCCAUGGACUGCAGCCUCGUGCGGACGCUCGUGCAGAGAUACUGUGCCGGAGAAGAGAAUUGGGUCGACAGUCGGACCAUUUACGUGGGACAUAAGGAGCCCCCACCAGGUGCUGAGGCCUAUAUUCCGCAGAGGUACCCAGACAACAGGAUCGUCUCCUCCAAGUACACAUUUUGGAACUUCAUACCCAAGAAUUUAUUUGAACAAUUCAGAAGAAUCGCCAACUUUUAUUUUCUUAUCAUAUUUCUGGUCCAGUUGAUUAUCGAUACACCCACAAGUCCAGUAACAAGUGGACUUCCACUGUUCUUUGUCAUUACUGUCACAGCUAUCAAACAGGGCUAUGAAGACUGGCUUCGCCAUAAAGCAGAUAACGCCAUGAACCAGUGCCCUGUCCAUUUCAUCCAGCACGGCAAGCUAGUUCGGAAGCAGAGCCGAAAGCUGAGAGUUGGGGACAUCGUCAUGGUCAAGGAGGAUGAGACCUUCCCCUGUGACCUGAUCUUCCUCUCUAGUAGCCGUGGAGAUGGGACCUGCCAUGUGACAACCGCCAGCUUAGAUGGAGAAUCAAGUCACAAAACACAUUACGCAGUUCAAGACACAAAGGGAUUUCAUACCGAAGAAGAUGUAGAUGGCCUGCACGCCACCAUUGAGUGCGAGCAGCCGCAGCCCGACCUCUACAAGUUUGUGGGCCGCAUAAAUGUUUACAAUGAUCAGAAUGACCCCGUGGUGAGGCCAUUAGGAUCGGAAAACUUGCUUCUUAGAGGAGCCACACUAAAGAACACCGAGAAAAUCUUCGGUGUUGCUAUUUACACAGGCAUGGAAACCAAAAUGGCGUUAAAUUAUCAGUCAAAAUCCCAGAAACGAUCUGCUGUGGAAAAGUCAAUGAAUGUAUUCCUCAUUGUGUACCUCUGCAUUCUGAUCAGUAAAGCACUGAUAAAUACUGUCCUGAAAUACGUGUGGCAGAGUGAACCAUUCCGAGAUGAGCCGUGGUAUAAUCAGAAAACUGAAGCAGAAAGACAGCGGAACCUGUUUCUCAGGGCGUUCACGGACUUCCUGGCCUUCAUGGUUCUGUUCAACUACAUCAUCCCCGUGUCCAUGUACGUCACAGUGGAGAUGCAGAAGUUCCUUGGCUCCUAUUUCAUCACUUGGGAUGAAGAAAUGUUUGAUGAAGAGAUGGGGGAAGGGCCUCUGGUCAACACCUCAGAUUUAAAUGAAGAGUUGGGACAGGUGGAGUACAUCUUCACGGACAAGACCGGCACCCUCACGGAGAACAACAUGGAGUUCAAGGAGUGCUGCAUCGAGGGCCAUGUCUACGUGCCGCACGCCAUCUGCAACGGGCAGGUCCUCCCCAGCGCUUCCGGCAUCGACAUGAUCGACUCUUCCCCAGGCGUCAGUGGGAGGGAACGAGAAGAGCUGUUUUUCCGGGCCCUCUGUUUGUGCCACACCAUCCAAGUGAAAGAUGACGACGACGUGGACGGGCCCAGGAAGUCACCAGACUCGGGGAAAUCCUGUGUGUACAUAUCGUCCUCGCCCGAUGAGGUGGCCUUAGUCGAGGGUAUCCAGAGACUUGGUUUUACAUACCUAAGGCUAAAGGAUAAUUACAUGGAGAUAUUAAACAGGGACAAUGACAUUGAAAGGUUUGAAUUGCUGGAAAUUUUGAGUUUUGACUCAGUACGAAGGAGAAUGAGUGUAAUUGUGAGAUCUGCUACAGGAGAAAUUUAUCUGUUUUGCAAAGGAGCAGAUUCUUCAAUAUUUCCCCGAGUGAUAGAAGGCAAAGUGGACCAGAUCCGGUCCAGAGUGGAACGCAACGCAGUGGAGGGGCUUCGGACUUUGUGUGUUGCCUACAAAAAGCUCAUCCCCGAAGAAUAUGAAGGCAUUUGUAAAUUGCUGCAGGCUGCCAAGGUGGCACUUCAAGAUCGAGAAAAGAAGUUAGCAGAAGCCUAUGAGCAGAUAGAGAAAGAUCUCGUCCUGCUUGGUGCUACCGCCGUCGAGGAUCGGCUGCAGGAGAAGGCGGCUGACACCAUAGAAGCUCUGCAGAAGGCGGGCAUCAAGGUCUGGGUUCUCACCGGAGACAAGAUGGAGACGGCGGCCGCCACCUGCUACGCCUGCAAGCUUUUCAGGAGAAACACACAGCUGCUUGAGCUAACCACGAAGAAAAUUGAGGAGCAGAGUUUACACGAUGUCCUGUUUGAGCUGAGUAAAACUGUCCUACGCUACAGCGGCAGCUUAACCAGGGACAACCUCUCAGGACUUUCAACAGAUAUGCAUGAUUAUGGCUUAAUUAUUGACGGAGCGGCGCUCUCGUUAAUAAUGAAGCCCCGAGAAGACGGGAGCUCCAGCAACUACAGAGAACUGUUCCUCGAGAUCUGCCGGAACUGCAGCGCCGUGCUGUGCUGCCGGAUGGCCCCGCUGCAGAAGGCCCAGAUUGUUAAACUAAUCAAAUUUUCAAAAGAGCACCCUAUUACAUUAGCAAUUGGUGAUGGCGCAAAUGACGUCAGCAUGAUUCUGGAGGCCCACGUGGGCAUAGGCGUCAUCGGAAGGGAAGGGCGUCAGGCUGCAAGGAACAGUGACUAUGCAAUACCGAAAUUUAAGCAUUUAAAGAAGAUGCUACUCGUUCAUGGGCAUUUUUAUUACAUUAGGAUAUCUGAGCUUGUGCAAUACUUCUUUUAUAAGAAUGUCUGCUUCAUUUUCCCUCAGUUUUUAUACCAGUUCUUCUGUGGGUUUUCACAACAGACUCUGUACGACACGGCCUACCUGACACUGUACAACAUCAGUUUCACUUCCCUCCCGAUUCUCCUGUACAGCCUGAUGGAGCAGCACGUGAGCAUAGACACGCUCAAGAGGGACCCUUCUCUCUACAGAGAUAUCGCCAAGAAUGCUCUACUCCGCUGGCGAGUGUUCAUUUACUGGACAUUCUUAGGAGUAUUCGAUGCUCUAGUAUUUUUCUUUGGUGCUUACUUCAUGUUUGAAAAUACAACAGUGACCAGCAAUGGACAGAUAUUUGGAAACUGGACCUUCGGGACACUGGUGUUCACUGUGAUGGUGUUUACAGUUACACUAAAGCUGGCAUUAGAUACACACUACUGGACUUGGAUAAACCACUUCGUUAUCUGGGGGUCGCUGCUAUUCUACAUCGUCUUUUCCCUCCUCUGGGGAGGAAUUAUCUGGCCGUUCCUCAGUUAUCAAAGGAUGUACUAUGUGUUCAUACAGAUGCUAUCCAGUGGCCCUGCCUGGCUAGCCAUCAUUCUGCUCAUCACUGUCAGCCUCCUUCCCGAUGUUCUCAAGAAAGUCUUGUGCAGGCAGCUGUGGCCCAGCGCCACAGAGAGAGUGCAGAGCACGCGCACACAGAGUCAGGACCGCCUCUCGGAAGUCAGCCGUUUCGUCUCCCUGCACAGCCCCAGCCCCUCGGCCACGCAGCCGGGCUCCUGCCCCAGACAGGUGAUGCUGACGCGCCCCGAGAGCAAGGAGAGCCCCGUCCCCCCUCCCACGGUCGGCGUCCCAAACAGCCGUCGCCGUCCCAGCUCGCGGCCCUGCCCCCUCGGGCCCUUCGGGGAGACAGGUGGCGAACAAAUCACCAGUUCAAGCCUUUAAGAGCCGCACCUCAAGUGUGUGCUGUGCGCGCAAGUGCUUUUCCUCUGCCCUCAAGGAAGAGGAAGGGGCGCACGGGCAGGCGGUCUGCACCGUCCUUUCUCCAGGCCUGGCGGCCCGUGCGUGCAGCCAGGCUGCUCCGGGGGGGCCGUGCACAGGACCUGGUACAUCCGCCCCGGGUCGGGGUCUCUGUGUCUGUGCCCUCCGUCGUCCCCACCACGUGUGUGUGUCACCCGAGGAGGACAUCUGCCUGCAGAUGGGCUGUCCGGCUUCGAGCCGGAGGCAGUCACACCCACCAACCGUCCUGCAAGCACAGACGUGACUCGCCCUGGCCGUGGGACCCACGGGUCUGGCCUCUGCCCUGCCUUCUCCACAGCCCUCUGAUACUUCCAGCACCGACACUCGAAUAAUCAUGCGUCCUUUUCCCGUUCUCGUCGCAGACUGUGCUGUUUGUUGCUUUUGUCCAGAGCCCUCCACCUCCCGAUGCUGAUGUUUAGGGUCGUGUCUGACUCCAGGUUUGUUUCCCUAGGGGCGAUUUAUCCCUGUAUGUUUGGGAGUGUCUUUGAAUGUUUCCAUGUCUCCUCUUUUCUCAACUCCUAGCUGCCUCCGUGGAGAAUAAAAAAGGAAUAUCGUGUGGAAGGAAUAGGUAAUCUGGCCAUUUAAGCUCUCCCAGUACAAGUUUCAAUGUAUCUGUUUUCACUCUCCCAAGAGUAAAGCUUGUCAGUUUCCUGUUGUCGGGAAGCAUUCGUCCCUCGGAUAUCAGGGAAGGGUGGUGGUCUGGGGUGCCCUGGACAGAUACGGCUGUGGUAGCCCACCCGCUCUCAGUGUCUUCACGGAGAAGUGGUCUCUGGGGGCGGCGUUCACCUUCCAGGAUCUCUUUCGGGCCGUCACGGGUCUGCCAGCGAGAUGGCCUGUAAGUUCUAAAAAGCAAUAUUGCCACCCUGGACUGUCGCCCCCCUGGUGACUCUGACCAGGCCCUGCUCUGCGUGUUCUUCCGGUCCAUCUCUGCUUCGUCUUGGCGUGCGGUCCAGCAGGCGAGCCGUCGGAGGCUGCUCUGUUGCAGAGUUCCUGUCACUGUUCUGUACUGGUGUUUCUACUUCUAGAAAUAACCUAGUCGACAUAGCCUUAAUGGUCCUUAAAGAAGACAUUUCAGUUUGAGAUUCGAACUUCAGACCUCGAAUCGGUUGCCUUUUAGAGAAGCGUCACUGGAAGCUAAACCCACAGCAGGCACCUCGUCCGCUGCCAGGUUCCGUGCAGUGGAGCCCGGGGCUGUCGGUGACCGGACACCCAAUUUGUUUCAGAGAUGCUCGAUUUAGGUAUUUUUGAAAGUGCAGAUUUCACAAGUUGAUUGUAUAGUAUUUCACCUAAAAUAUUUAUUUGACAUAGGGGUAAAUUAACAGUAAGAACAGCGUACAUAAAGUAGUUGGGAUAAACUGAGGUGAGUGUAGACACCAUACCAAAGACGAGGCGAUGAACAUUUGGUUUAGAGAGAGACAGAGUGAGGAGGGCGUCGCGUCCGUCCCCAGGGGCCGCCUCACCGCACACUCCGGGCCCCGUCCCGUCCUCCCGUCAUGUCCCCGUGUCCUCUGUGUGGUGGCCGCCCUUGGCCAUUCUGGUCCACACUAGCCCCCGCAAACAAUGGUGUGUGCAUUUUUACAGCCGUUUUUAAGAACCUAAUGUGGGUAUAAAUGUAAUACCUGUGGGGGGACAGAUUCUCUGUAUGUUUAGUUAACAAAUUCUUUGUAACGUAUUUUUUUAGAAAUCCUAAAAUUGCCUUUGCACUGAAGUAUUUUCAUAGCCGUUUAUAUCUCUUAUUCAUUUAUUUGUUAACGUAUCAUAUCUAAUUUUUAAGGUAUGUUUUUAAAGCUUUUAUUUUUUAAGUUGAUGUAAUUUUGGCCACUUUAAAUUCUGGCGAGCGUCUUCACUGAGUGUCUCAAUAUCUGAUGAAUGUGAAUUUUCAGGUUUGAUUUAAUUCUCUACACCUGUUUGUUUUCUGCUGUUUCUGGUGGCAGUGGUCAGUUGAAAGGCGUAUUUAGAGCAUAUUUUGCAGUGCUUAUUCUUCACAGUUCAUCGCAGUUUCGUCUGCAUUUUGUUUUGCUCUUAAUUUCUAUCCUCCAGCCUUAAAACAGAAGCUUCUUACUUGACGGUUCCGUAUCUUCUUUCCGCCCAUAUCGAGAUAGUUGCCAUUUACCUCGGACAAUCCAGGUCUCCUCACAGAAGUCACUAAAUCUUUACACACUCCAAAAUGUUUUUGGAAAGUCGUUUGGGAAAUGAAGGGACUGAGCCUGAUAAUUUGAAAUAGAUAAGGGGCAUGAGACAAAAAAUAAAGGGAGGAAGAGAAGAACCCCACUGAAAUGACAUUUCAGAUAUGUCUCUGAUAUUCAGAUAUUAAUGUGAUAUUUUCACCUCAUUAGUAACUAGUAUUUACUUGCCUUUAACUUUAAAGCAAGUAAAGCCAACUUAUUUAAGCAUUUUUCUUAGUUUGAAAAUCUUAUUCACGACUGCAUAUGUUAAUAGAUUAUUAACUCCUGGUUUCCCAUGUUGGUCAGAAUACGUGCUUCCGAACCCGCACUCCCCACCACAGCAAGUCCUCCGUGCAUGAGUGGUCCAUCCGACCACGGCGCACUCUCUCGCUUUCAGCUCCAGGUCCGCUCGUGGCCACAUCUGUGCAUAUGUGCCAGUUCUCAUGCACACACACAGCUGCACACACAUACACACUCCCUGGGCCCAAGCAUCCCUGUCUCCUUCCUAAGGGGGUCCUGCGAGGAGCCUCCAGAAGGUGAGGCUCUUCGGGCCUCCGUGCCGAAUGCCCAGGCAGGACACGGGAAGCAGCCCUCGGGCUUGAAGAGGAGCUGCUGGGUGACCCAAGCAGCAGUGCCCUGGCCCAAGCUCCUCCUCUUCAGGAAGUCCAGCUCCCACCUCUAACUGACACCUCCCCAGAGCUCCAUCCUUAGGACAAGUGGCAGAAAGUGGCAUCUGGACCCUUCCAGCUGCAGCAUCUUCACAUGUGUCCAGGAGCACGGGCAGGCCCUCUGCCUCAGGGCGGCUGGGAAAAAGGGUUCCUUCUCUUGGCAGUUCCUAUUAGAAUCCAGUCAACCCGCCCCCAUGAAUUUGACCCAAUAGGGUGAAUGCAGACCAGAUAACACCUGGUGCUGGUGCAGCCUGGGCCGGAGGAGGCUGGGGGUGACCUGCUUCUGCAGUAACAGGCUUAGAGAAUUGUAGUUUGGCCUGGUGUGGUUUUGCAACUACUAACUACAAAAACGGCUCACCCAUGCUGUUACAGCUAUUCUUAACUUGCUGGGCAUCAACCAAAUGUUCAGUGCAACCUAAAGGAAGUUUUCUGGCCUUUUUCUUUAAAACCACUAAUUUUACCUGUUUUGCACUGACUAAUAAUAACCUAAAGCAACCACUACUACAUCAUCUUUAAAUUAAUAUUACUUAUUUGACAACUCAAUAUGACAGUUUGGUAUGCAGUUUCUUGUGUUCUACAUUUCUUUUGGAGAUUUCCCAUCACUUUAAAAAUAGGAGAAAUUUCUGUUUGCACAUGCAUUUUCUUUAAAGCUAGAAGGUAGGUAAAUGAGAAAGAGAAUCAUUCUCAUAUUAUCUAUAAACAAAGGUUUAAUGAAGAUAUGUUGGAAGUAUUAUUAAAGCGUGAUUCUACUUUUGCAGAAAAAAAUCUAAAGAUCAGUUUAUAUAGCUUUAUUUUUUACCUUAUAUCAAAACAUACAGAAUUUUAAUAUGCAUAUAUUGUCUCUGAAUUAAAAUUAUGUGUGUCUGAAUUGCUGUUUAAAAUGUCCAUUGAAUAUGUAAUGUAAUACAAGAAAAUCUUUAAAAAUAUAUUAAACAGGAAUGGAAUCUAUAGUUGUCCUCAUCACAAAUACUAGAAUUUAUUUUUAAAUUAUUGAAUAUAGUAGGUGCAUUUAAAAUAAUAAAUCAGCCUCCAAACAGUCAUGUUUAAUUGAUAAUAAUUCAGUAACCUGCUUUGAAAAAUUGAAUUGUAAAUUAAACCAAAUCUUACAUUUCUGUAAAGUUUAUUUUAUAUGGUGUUUUUAACUUUUAUUUCUGUUGAUAAAGUAUGAGUUAAUUAUAUCGGACUUCUCUGCAGAUAAUCUAAACAAAAGACUUGAAUCUGCUUGCAAUAAAGAAGAGAAAAUGCCUGAUUUAGUUUCUUUAUAAAUAAACACCAUCUGAGAA